UGAGGCUGAUUUCCCGGUUGUUGCCCGAUGGUUCCCCCUGUCUGCAGGUCAGAAUGGCGAGUACAAAGUACACUUCUGCUAUGGUAAAGCGGCAUUGCAACGUGGAUGGGGUCGCAGGGAAAGAUCCAAGCAAGGGUGGCAAAUGGUGGGUCUGCAAGUACUGUGAUUUGAAAUUCUCGGCCAGCCUGAACCGUGUCAAGGAACAUUACUCAAAGGGAACCUGUGCGGCGGAGCAGAGCAGGAAGGUUUUCACAGAUGAAGAAAAAGAAGCAAGGAAGCAGGGGUUGAGACAAGCUCUGGCUGACGUGGCGAUGGCGAAUGGCGACAACAGUCUUCCUAGUGGAUCGAGUUUGGCUACUGCACCAACGACUGUGGAGAAUGUGGGUAGGGGCAUGGGAAAAGGGGGUGCAGCAUCCGACACGCGACGAUCCGCUUCAUCUGUGCGGCAAAUGGUGCUGGAGGAGACAGACAACAUCAUCACGAAGAACGAGAUGACGUCAAGAAGGGAGGCCGCAAGGAAUGGUAGACUGGAUGGCCAGAACAAGAGGUGCAUUGAGGAUGUGCGGAUGAUUGCAAAGAAGUGGGAGAGAACAGGGUGUAUGGUCCAGGUGGAUGGGUGGUCCGACAGGCGAGGGAGACCGCACAUCAAUGUGAUGGUCUCCUCCCCUGUAGGGACCGUCUUUUGGAGGUCCGUCUGUGUAGAAGGGAAGGAGAAGGACUCCAUAGCGUACUACAACAUCCUGGAUGCUGCAAUCCAGGACAUUGGACCCAAGAGUGUGGUCGGGGUGAUCAUGGACAAUGCUAGAGUUUGCCCUUGGAUCUUCAGGGUUGGUUGCACAGCGCAUGCCCUCGACCUUGCGUUGGAGGACUUCGACAAGCGCAUUGGAUGGUUUUCCAGGACGGUCAAGAGAGCGAACGAGUUGGGGAAGUUCAUCAUGAACCACGACAAGGUUCGUGCAUUCUUCCUUGAACGUUCUGGCGGGGCACAAAUAAAGAGGCCAGGAGUGACAAGAUUCGCAACGAAUAUUAUCAUGCUGCAGUCCCUUUGGGAUGGAAAGAAUGCCCUCAAACUUGCCGCAGGUGCGAAGGGCUGGGUGUCUAGCAUGGUGCGGACUGAUCUGCGGUCCAACUUUGAGGAAGCCACGACCACUAUCCUUGACGAGAGCUUUUGGGACGAUGUUGAGAAGUCCAUCAAAGCCACGGAGGCUAUUGUGAAGUUAUUGAGGAUGGUGGACGGUCCAGGGGCCACCAUCAGCAAGGUUUAUCAUCAUAUGGACGUCGUGGUGGAGGGGAUCAGGACGUUGGAAGUCCUUACGGACUUUGAGAAAGCGGAAGUGGAAUCGAUCCUCAUGGAUCGAUGGGCAUUUAUGACGUCGGAGCUGCAUUGUGCAGCAGCAUUUUUGGAUCCGGAGUUCUGUGCACAGUCUGCCAUCCACAAUACGGAGAUCCAGGCGGGGUUCAACAUAUGGUUGUACACAUGGGCCUCGUCGGACGAUUUGAAGGUCAUCAGUUGGCAAGUGGAUGACUGGGUUCGCAUGAAGGGUGCAUUGGGGUCGAGAGAGGCAUUGGAUGGCGCGCGAUUGAAUACCACGUCCAUGUGGUACGACUCGUUCGGGUCACGCUUGAACCUCCUGCAGCCCCAAGCGAUCAAGCUGUUAGGACAGGCAAGCUCGUCUGCUGCUUGUGAGCGCAAUUGGAGUUCGCACGAACUCAUUUUCGGCAGGAGGAGGACGAAGUUGCUGCCGAGGCGUCUCGCCAAGCUUGUGUACAAUAAUUGGAAUCUCCACCUGCAGUGGAGGCAAGAGAAGGGGGCUGGCGAAGACGAUGUCCACAUCCCGUGGAUGGAGGACUUACCAGAUGCAGAGAACAAGGCGGAGGCAGAGCGCUAUUAUAAGUGGGUGCAGAAAGUAAAGGCGAGCACCGAGGAUAUGGAGGCUGGCGCAGAGGAUGAUAGCGCUGUCAUUGCAGAGCUGGACGAUGAAGGUGAUUUGCCUUUGGCAAGGAGAUGCGUGCACAAUGACCGACUUGACGACAUGAUGCACGAAGAGGAUGACAUCGCUCAUAUUGAGAACUAUACGAACGAGUGGCAGUUCUGCACUGCACCGGGGAGGCAUAGAGAGCGCUUGUUGAGGAGGAGAUCAGGGCACGAGCGACCAGACCCCUUAGUGGAGUACAACGUCAAGGAGCGAGAGCGUGCAUUGCGGGCACGAGAGACAGGCGAUUGGGUGGAAGGUAGAUGCCCAGGGGGCAGCAGCGGAGCAAAACGACAGCAGCAUGUUGAAGUCCGUGCUGUGGAAAAGCGCCCGGCCGAAGAACAACUUUCGUCGCCGAAGAAGAAGAAGAGAGGACGCCCCACCAAUGUCGAAGUGGUCGAGAGGAAAAAAGCGGAGAAGGCUGCGAAGAAGGUUGCAGUGGCAGAGAAAGCUGCUAAGAAAGCAGCAAGGAGAGCAGCAGCGAGAGCUGCUAAGAAAGCUUCCAGGAGAGCGGCUGCUGCAUCUGCGGAUGCCCCGACAUCCUCCCGCCUGGUCACAAAGGAGGCAAUGAAACAGGGGGGGAAGCGAACGGCGGUGAUCCUCGAUGAUGACGAGUGUGAAGAAUCGUCCUCCUCUUCAUCAUCAUCGUCGUCGUCAUCUUCACCUUCUGCAUCAUCUGCAAGUGGGGAAGAUCAAUGUGAGGACCAUGUUGGGAGUGAAGAAGAAGGGGGCGAGGAUCAGGGGAGUGAGGAGGGUGGUGACAAAAUUGUCGAUGGAGGUGGACAGGAGUAGAUUGGGUGGGUGACACUGGUUGUGCUUUUUGGAUGGUGUCGAUUCUAGACUCCAAAUGAGCAUGAUGAUGCUCAUUUGAUUAACUUCG